AUGGACAGAAGAACAGUGUGAUACGACUAUCUAUUCAAGCUUCUCAUAAUUGGUGAUUGUGGAGUGGGUAAGACAUCUCUCAUACUAAGAUUUUCAGACGAUAAUUUCAUGGCGUCCCAUCUUACAACGGGCCCCCUUAAAAAAAGUGAAUUUAAGUCAUUUUUAAUAGAAAAAUACUAUAAUUUCCUUUUCCUAUUACACCAAUAGGCAUCGAUUUUAAACUUAAAACAAUUGAUAUCGAAGGCUAUGCCAUCAAACUUCAAAUCUGUGACACUGGAGGCCAAGACCGAUUUUUCCCCAUCACUCAGACUUAUUAUAAAGGCGCCAUGGGGAUCAUCCUCGCUUAUGAUUGUACAGAUGAGAAGUCAUUUAACAGCAUACGCAACUGGAUGCAACAAAUCAAAAUGCACGCCAAUAAAAACCCUGCCAAGGUACUGGUGGGGAACAAGUGUGAUAGACCUGAUGAGAAAAUCAGCACAGAGCAAGGAGAAGCAUUGGCAAGGGAGCUGGGGAUCAAAUUUUUUGAAACCAGUGCCAGAACAAAUAUAUAGGGGAGUAGGGUAAAUUUUGGGAAAAAAUUGGGGGAAAUAAUGGGUAAUGAUAUAUAGAGGAAUUAGAGCUGUAAAGUAUAUGUGUUAAUGAAACAUUUUACCAUAUCGCAAAAGAUAUCAAAAAUAAAAUACUGGGAGAAGCCUUAGGAGCUACUAGAAUUAUUAGAGUCCAAAAAAUAGAAGAGCCGGCCAAGAAGAAAGGAUACUGUGUGUAG